GCUGCUUAGCCACAGGCCCUUUGCUGUUUGGAAAUCCCUAUAUUUGAGAUGAUUUCCCUCAAAUUUGAGGUUAUCUGCUUGCAGAAGCAGAGGUGACACAGCCAGGUGAGAAUCUGGGCAGUACCCCCAAAAGUAUCAAUCAUGAGCAGUCACACUGUUGCUCAUUUAUUUUCAUCCCCUUUCCUGUGUUGCUCCCUUUAGUUUUUCUACUUGUCUGCAUUGCCUUGCUGCUAAAUUAUUUUGAUAGUAAAAUAAGCCAGAUUGCAGCCUGACUGAAAUAAUUAAUUACUAUCAGGCUACAACCUAGUGUGGGAUCCUCCUUAACCCCAUUGGUGGGGAGAGAUGUUUGAAGCACAUGCUGAAAAUAGGGUGUGAGAAUAGAGUGGCUGAGGGUGUGGGGCAUCCCCAGAGGCCUUGGCCAAGCGUAGGGAUGCUUUGGAAACAUUUCCUUUCACUUGAAGGCUGCUAAUAAAUUCAGCUGGAGGCUCUAAAUCCAUGUUUAACUCCUAUGGAUAAGCUGGCACAGGUACAAGAACUGGGGCCUGGGAAAUAUAUUUUUAAAAAAUCUAACUUGGGUGGAUUUUAGAGUUAUGGGAGUGAAAUGACUUUGCCCUUAUUGGUCAGUGGGAUUUGAGCUGAACAGAGAGAAAUUGGAGUGAGAAAGGUGAAUUCUAACAAUCAAAUGUAUCUAUACCCCAGCCUGAGGGAUCCCUCCUUGCACCAGCAGAUACCAGCAGGUUUCUGGGCUGGGUUUUGGUGCUAGAUUGCACAGCAGGUUGUUUUCCACCCUGCUCACAGACAGAAAUUCAAAUGUGCUGGUGUCCAUCCAAAGAGGAUCUAUCUGUUUAUCCUGAGGUAGUUAUGGCAAAAGUGGGAAGGGUUCCACCUUAAACCGUGGAAUAACUCAUGCCUGUUGUUGCCUGUGUGUUUAUAUGGGUUAUUUUUUUAUUUUGUCUUGUUUUCGUGUGUUUUUGUUUAAAACAGCAGGGUAAUACUGACUUGCUGCUUAGCGGUUUUGCUUCUGCCCCCAGGGCUCUGAAUCUCAGGAGGAAACUGGUUAGAAAUGUAUCCCUUUGCUGCUGAUGCUGUUAAACCAGUGUGUGAGGAGCAUUAGCAGCUUCACAAGAGACAGAGUGAGUUAGUAAGGAAUGCAAAACUAUACCCUCCGCAGGUGCUACAGCCGCGUCAAGGAGCACGGCGUGGGCAAGAGGAAAAGCAGCUACACCUUUGAGCAGCUGGAGCAGGUGUUUGGGCAGGGAGGAUGGGACUCCCAGCCCUGCCAGCCCGUCCUCAUCAACAGCAGUGGUCUGUACCAGGAGCUGGAGUCAGAUGGCAGCACCAUGGAGGAAUACUCUCAGGAGGACUGGGGAAACCACAGCCAGGAUCUUCACUGCUACCAGACCGGCGAGCAGGAGCUGGAUGAAAUGCCUACCACGAAAAGAACAUUAAAGAUAAAACAGGAAUCUUCAGAAGACACGCAGAAGCGUGACGUCAUGCAGAACAUUAUGCAAAUCUUGGAGUCGGUCCAGUUGAAGUGGGAGCUGUUUCAGAGCUGGACGGACUUCUCCAGGCUCCACCUUUCCAACAAACUGGCCAUUUUUGGCAUUGGCUACAACACCCGCUGGAAGGAGGAUAUCCGUUACCACUACGCCGAGAUCAGCUCCCAGGUGCCCCUGGGCAAGCGGCUCCGGGAAUAUUUCAACUCGGAGAAACCCGAGGGUCGGGUGAUCAUGACCCGAGUACAGAAAAUGAACUGGAAAAAUGUUUAUUACAAAUUCCUGGAGAUCACCAUCAGCGAAGCCCGAUGCUUGGAGCUGCACAUGGAGAUCGACUGGAUUCCCAUCGCUCACUCCAAGCCCACUGGAGGGAACGUGGUGCAGUAUUUAUUACCAGGAGGGAUCCCAAAAAGCCCCGGCCUGUACGCCAUUGGAUAUGAGGAGUGCCACGAGAAGCUCCCCUCCCCUCUGGCCGAGCACCGGGCGCCCGACGCCGGCAAUGAGACUCCAGGGGAGCUGGAGGUGCCCUCCCCACAGGCCUCCCUCCGGGUGGAUAUGGAAUCCGCCCGGAUUAUCUACUGUUACCUCGGCAUCGCCGAGGUCCGGACUCUCCAGCAGUGCCUGUUUUUACACUUCCAGGCAAACACCAAAACCUUCAGCAAAGAUUGGGUCGGGAUCAACGCCUUUUUAUCUCAGAACUGCGUCGUAGAGCCCGGCGUCUCACCCAAAUCCAUCUACAUCAAAUUUGUGGAAGUGGAGAGGGAUUUUCUGUCUGCCGGCUCUUUGGUAGAGUGCCUGGAAAAAGCCAUCGGGUACCCCUUAAAAUUUAACAACUGAGUCUCGUCCUUCAUAAGGAUCAGGGCUUAGCGCCCCGUUUUCCAUCUCACUGGGAUCCCCCGGGGCACGGGGACGUUUCGGCCUCCCCUGUGCGGGGCUGGCAGCGCCCGGCCCGGGGGCGGCCUCGGUACAUUCCACACACGGGACAGUGCACACGGCGCCUCCACACCGCCCCCGAGGGCCUGGGCUUCCCUCUAUCCCACGGUGUCUCAUUUGGAUGCAUCCGUCUCGAAGUGUUCCUCUGGAUCUGACUCAAUAAGCAAUAGAUAACGGCGAGGGAAAACCCAACUCCCAGCCCGGGACUGUUUUUCAAAGUCACCCUUAGAUACCUUGUAUAUAAUUUAGGACUUCACUUUUUUCACCAUCGAGUGUUCUCCUCUCUCCAAACAGUGUUGCCUGCAAAGACUUUGGGUUCUGUGACGUAUUCCACAUCCUUAGUAGCGUUGCCAUAUCUGCUUUUAUUUUAUUUUAUUUUAUUUUUAUAACAUUAAAAUAAUUCCUGGCUUUUUUAUUUUUUCUUUAUUUU